AUGUCGAUGCCUGCCCUGAUCCCUGAAGCGGCUGCCUACGCUUGGGAUCUGGGGAUGUCUCGACCGCUUGGUACACUUUUGGAUAUUCUUAACAUCGCACACUCAACAUCCUCGAGCACGAACAACGAAGACAUCACAGGAAGAAUCGCAUCUUCUCCUACGGCUAGAACACUGAAAAAGCCAUCGUCCUGCCGGUUUGAUCGCUUACAUGGAGGAUCCUGGGGCCUUGAGCGCCGUUCAACCAUCGUAACCCAAGGGUUCAACCGCCCCUCGACCAGCAAGAAGCAGAAAGCAGACCAGAAGAGAGAAAGGGCUCAGAGCGAUUGA